CUGACAAACCAUAGGGAGAUUAAACCCUCUAGAAGCUUCCUGGCCAGUUCCUGUAACUUUUCCCUCUGCUUGCAGCCUGCAGGUGCAACGGCCACAGCGGCUUUCCCGGACGCAGCACUUGCUCAGCUCUGCUUCCCUCCGAGCACAGCCGCUCUCCCGUGGGCCAACAUUGUCACCAUGCAUGUCACCAGGCCCAAAUCAGCCAAGGGAUGCAGAAGGCAAAGCUUCAGCCACCCUCAGGGCAUGGAAGCCUGUCCAUGCCAAGUGCCUUCUUCCCCACUGGCAGCGUCUCCUCGGGCCUUAGCGAGCAGCCAGAGAGCACCACACACAAAACUGGUGUUCCCACCCACCCCAGUGUCUCCUGAGGAGGUCCCAGAGUUCCUGCAGCAAGUGCCUUUGAAGUCCUCGUCUUCCCUGAACAAGUACCGGGUGCUUCCCUCCAUUGGCUGGAAGGGCAUAGCGAGUGAUGCCGUGGAAGUGCUGGCUCAACAGACCAGCCGGCUGGAAGUGAGUGAGGGGCAGGACACUCUGAAAUUCAGCAAAACUCUGUCUGGAGAGCAGGGAUCUGGCAGCAUAUUGUCAGGAAGAGAUGUUCCUGCUGAGGAGAGCUCCCAUGUGCACUGUCCCUCUGAGAAGUGGGGAAGGAAAAUGAGGCAGGAGAGCCCUUCCACGUCC